UUCUACCUCCGUCUGUGUCUGCAGGAGGAAGUGGACAGUUUGAGUCCUGUUCUCAGGGACAACCCUCAGCUUCAUGAAGAGGUCCGGUUCUGGCUCAAAGAUCAAAAGGUUCAGGACAUUUUUUUGCAAGGUCCGUAUUCAUUAAAUGGUUACCGAGUUCGUGUUUACAGACAAGACUCAGCCACUCAGUGGUUCACAGGGAUCAUCACACAUCAUGACCUCUUCAGCCGUAAUAUGGUUGUGAUGAAUGACCAGGUUCUAGAGCCCCAGAACGUUGACCCCUCUAUGAUCCAGAUGACCUUUCUGGACGAUGUGGUCCACUCUCUGCUGAAAGGAGAGAACAUUGGUAUCCAGUCCCGACGCAGGUCCCGUUCCAACCAGAACAACUCUGCCCACGGUCACUACACCCGCGCCCAAGCCAACAGCCCCAGACCAGUCAUGAACUCCUCUGGCGGGGCAGUGAAGCAGGGGUCAGGGGUCACCACCCAGCUGGGUCAAGGUCAGGGCGGGUCCCAGAGCCAGCAGUCCCCAGCGCAGCACUCCCCUUGUCAGGAACAGACGCAGCACCGCGGACCUGGCUUCUCCAGGAGGAAGGGAUCUGACAGCAGUGUCCCUGAUGAUGACUUCAAGGGAGACAACGUGGACUGUAACGAGAGAGCAGGGAGAGGAGGUGAGGAUGAUGGUGAAGAUAGAACAAGAGACUUCUUUAAAAGUACGAGCAGCAAGCAGGUGGCUGUGAACAAGCGGAGGAAAGCGGAGGAGGAAGAGGAGGAAGAGGAGAAGAAAUCAGGGUUGAAAAGACUAAGAAGCGAGACUACAGUGAGGUCCGACUUCUCUGAGAGCAGUGACUCUGAGAUGUCUACCAAGAGAACCAGGACGGCAGACUCCUCCUCUUCCUCAGAGCAGAACUCAGAGGAGGAGCUAAAAGGAAAGACCGGCCAGGAGGGGCACAAGACCCAGGGUUCUAAGACUGGGAAGGAGUCUGCUCUGACAGGCAGUCUCUCCCCCUGGGGUGAGGAGCUUCAGAAGGCGGAGUUUCAGCAGUCAUCAGCCGACAGGGAGCAGAGGUCAUCCCUGCGACAACCUCAACGACAGGGGGAACGGUCUCCACUGCAAAAGCAGCAGGCCCCUCCCCUGUCCUCCUCCUCCCAGGGCUCUGCCCCUCUGAGGGCCAAGGGAGUGUAUCAUGGAGAACAACAGCACUAUGAAAUCCCAGACCCAUCCCCAGUCCAAGGACCAUAUAUAAUCGACAUCACAGCAGAGGACGCUAACGCACACAUGGCCUCCCGGGAGAACUCUGAGGCCGUCUCGGCCCUGCUGGCCUCCCAGAAUCCAUCUGAGCCCUCCUACCUCUCUGAGCCCAGUAGACAUUUGGUGCUGAACCCCUCUGUUGCCCCUCCCUCUCCCCUUCGUAAGAGCCCCUCGGAGUGUGACCUUAGGAACCAGACUCCCUCAGUGUUCGAGUGUGACCUUAGGAACCAGACUCCCUUAGUGUUAGAGUGUGACCAUAGCAACCAGACUCCCUCACUGUCAGAGUGUGACCAUAGCAACCAGACUCCCUCAGUGUCAGAGUGUGACCUUAGGAACCAGACUCCCUCAGUGUCAGAGUGUGACCUUAGGAACCAGACUCCCUCAGUGUCAGAGUGUGACCUUAGACACCAGACUCCCUCACAACCAGACUCCUCAGUGUCAGAGUGUGACCAUAGCAACCAGACUCCCUCAGUCUCAGAGUGUGACCUUGGGAACCAGACUCCCUUGGUGUCAGAGUGUGACCUUAGGAACCAGACUCCCUUAGUGUCAGAGUGUGACCUUAGGAACCAGACUCCCUUAGUGUCAGAGUGUGACCUUAGGAACCAGACUCCCUUAGUGUCAGAGUGUGACCUUAGGAACCAGACUCCCUUAGUGUCAGAGUGUGACCUUAGGAACCAGGCUCCCUCAGUGUCAGAGUGUGACCUUAGGAACCAGACUCCCUCAGUGUCAGAGUGUGACCUUAGGAACCAGACUCCCUCAGUGUCAGAGUGUGACCUUGGGAACCAGACUCCCUCAGUGUGUAGGAAGCCGGAGGUAAAGCAUGACAUCGCUGGCAGCCUGGGCAGUAAGAUGGGGUUAGUCCAUUCAGUGGUGAUCAGACCUAUAGCAUCAGUCAGUGAGUCUGCUGCUGUAGUAGAGAGAGAGAAGCAGCUAUAUUCCUCCAUGCUGCCCUGCAUUAAGAACGCCUCAUUGGCCGACGAGGCCAGGAAAUCGUACAAGCUAAGCCCCUCCCCUGAUAUCCCCAAGCCCCUCCCCUCCCCAGAGGCCCUGAAGCCGAAGCCCCUCUGCUCCCCUGACAUUGUCAAGUCUAAAACACAGAGUGUUCUGGAGACUUGUUCUAAACCCAAACCCCUCCCCUCCCCAGAGGUGUCCAAGCAUAAAGGCCGUUACCCGGACAACACCCCUCGCUCCAGCUUUAAGCCCGUCCUGGCCCGAGGGACUGAGUCGCCAGGAUCUUGCACUAAGAGCCCGCUAAUCAUCGAUAAGAACGAGCAUUUCACCGUGUAUCGGGACCCUGCGCUUGUCCGUCCCAACCAGGAGACCAACCACGUGUCCUAUCUGCACCCCCAGCUCCACCCCCUCCACGCCUCCUGCCUCACCCCCUCUUCCACCCACCACCACACAUCCCACUCCCACCACCUCCUCUCCGGGGUGCUCUCUGGCCUGCCUCCAGGCCCCUUGCUGGGGGGUCAUCCCCGACUAGACUCCUCAGGGCUGGGGCACCUGGGACUAGCUCAUCACCACCCUGUCUCUCAGCCCCAGACACACAGCCACACCUCAGCCUCAUACAACCAGCUGGGGCUGUAUCCAAUCAUCUGGCAGUACCCCAAUGAGACCCACUCCUAUCCCCCCAGACUCAACCUGCCCGGGUCCAAGUGGGUGCACCCUGAAAACCCUGUCAGCUCUGAGACCAACAUGAGGAGGAACACGGCCAGCCCUUGGCUACACCACCAGGUCCCUGUCUCCUCCUCUGACAGCCUGGACCAACUAAGCCACGUCCCGGUCCCCAUCCGACCAGCCAGCGCCGACCCUCACCGGUCCGACCCCCAUCCCCACCGUUCAGAACCACACCGCUCGGACCCCCACCGGCUCAUCAAGAUCAACCCCCACGCCAGCCCCCUGCCACCGGCCAAGACCGCUGGAGAUCUUCACAGGGAGGAUCUGAAGGGUUUUGUGGACCCCAUCAGAACCAUCACUCUGGCCCACCUGAAGCAGGAGCAGGACCGCAGCAGAACCCCGACCGGGAAGGACAGUCACCUGCACCAGCUCUACCUGGAGGCCUGUAAUAAACAGCAGCAGCAGAGGAUGGCCCAGCAACAACAGGAAGCAGGGCAGAGGGACCGGGCCAGUCAGUAUAAGGAGGAGAACAGGCGGAUCCUCCAGGAGAGCAUUGAGGUGGCCCCCUUCACCGCUAAGAUCCGCGCCAGUGAGACCGACAGGGAGCCUAACCCCUACCCCCGGAUCCCCUCGCUCCCCUCCCUGCCCCACCCCUACCCCCGGAUCCCCUCGCUCCCCUCCCUGCCCCACCCCCAGCGCCUUCACCAGGAGAAGGAAACGGAGCCCCCUGCUGCAGACCUGUAUCAGUUUAAACAGCAGUCCCAGCACAGUCUCCCCCCUAGUAACUACUUCACUACCCUGUCCAACAGUGUGGUCAACGAGCCACCGCGUCUCUACCCCUCUAAAGAGCUCAACUCAUACUUUGACAAGGUGAGCAGGGAGCAGGAGUCUGCAGCAGCCUCUAGUCUCUCUCUGGGAGGAGGGGCAGCGUUCAGCUCCAAGUCCCUGUCCAAACCCCCUCCUCUCAUCAAACACCAUGCUGAUGGGGAGGGUCUGCUAGGGAAGAUAUCAGAGCAGCUGAACCAGCAGGUAAGCUUAUCCAACAUGCAGAGGUAUCGUCUCAGUACCAUAGUCAGCCCUGUUAGUCCAGACCUCUCGCCUUCCUCCAGUCAGAGUCAGACCCGAACCCACUGUCAGACCCAGAGUCAGACCCAGAGCCAGACCCGAACCCACUGUCAGACCCAGAGCCAGACCCGAACCCACUGUCAGACCCAGAGCCAGACCCGAACCCACUGUCAGACCCAGAGCCAGACCCAGAGCCAGACCCGAACCCACUGUCAGACCCAAGCCCAGCUAAGGUGUAUGCCAGCUCUGCACCGUGCCCCUGUGUUCCACCCUCCUAUCCAGCAGACACUGGACAGGAAGGAGGCGGGCUACGGCCGUUUGUCUCCACCCACCCUGACCCCCAUCCAGCCAGUCAGCUCGGCCGGUAAGGUGUCUGAGCAGCAGAAACCGCCCACCCUUCUGCCCGAGCUACGGGAGGUCAGCGCCGUGUGUAAGGGCGGGGCAGCGAUGACCUCAUCCGAGGUGUGGCGAGCCGGCGACUCUCAGAGCCACGACAAGCUGGGUUGGCAUUCUGAGAGGAGCCCUGGCAGGAAGCCUGGGGCCACCACGGCGUCUGUUAUCGUCCGUCCCUCCACGUGUAUAAAGUACGACGGCUCGCCAGGCGCCAAGACCUCUUCCUCGACCAAGGACUCUCUGAUGGGGAGGAUGUUCCCAGGCGGCAGGCCUCAGACAGUCUGUCUGAAACUGGCCUAUGAGAGAGACAGGGAGUCUGGAGGGAAGGUGAUCCUGCCAAACACUAACUUGGAGGAGGCUGUUUGCGUGCAGCAGUACAAUAACAACUUUAUGAGAGUGUCCCAGUCUCAGGGAACCUUUCCAGUCUCUGUCUCGGCUGCUGCCAACUCUGUGUGCAAUAGGAGUAGUGAUGUGACUAGGGCAGUCUCCAACAUGGCUCCCUACGGUGUGCUGAAUAGAACCUACUGUGGUCCCAACACCUCCAGCGCUAGCAGGACAGAGAGCUGUGGCCCUCGGGGCAGGGCCUUCCACUCAGGGCCUGGGUUAGAACCAAGGGCCGAGCUCCAGCAACAGGAGAGCUCCUCCAGAACCUCAUCCCCCAACCUGCACCCCAGCCCCAGCCUAGCCAGCAGCACCCAGGCCUCUUCCAACCCCAGCCAGUCCUACUAUGGGAGCUUUAUCCAUCUGAAGAAGCACAAGGCAGCGUUGGCAGCAGCCCAGCAGUCCAGAGGUCCUAGCAGCAGCACCAGUGGUAGUGGUCCUGAGAGCCUGAUUGAGCCAUCUAACAGUAAAGCUCUUCACAUCCCCCCUCCACCUCACCUUGCCUCGGCCUCAGCCCAGAACCACAGAACCACAGCAAGCCCAGGACCACAUCAAGCAGGAGCUAUCCCCAGCCCUGGCCCCCUCCCCAAUGGCCAGCCAGCCCAGAUGAACCAGAGCCAGUCUCAACCCAACUACCACAAGCUGAAGAAGGCCUGGCUCACCAGACACUCAGAGGAGGACAGAAACAUAAACACUAUGAUGAAAACAGAGGAGGCUGAUAAGGCUGUUACCACCACUGUGAGCCCCUCUGUGUCCAAGUCUGUUACCACCACUGUGAGCCCCUCUGUGUCCCCCUCUGUGUCCAAGUCUGUUACCACCACUGUGAGCCCCUCUGUGUCCAAGGCUGUUACCACCACUGUGAGCCCCUCUGUGUCCAAGUCUGUUACCACCACUGUGAGCCCCUCUGUGUCCAAGGCUGUUACCACCACUGUGAGCCCCUCUGUGUCCAAGUCUGUUACCACCACUGUGAGCCCCUCUGUGUCCAAGGCUAUUACCACCACUGUGAGCCCCUCUGUGUCCAAGUCUGUUACCACCACUGUGAGCCCCUCUGUGUCCAAGUCUGUUACCACCACUGUGAGCCCCUCUGUGUCCAAGUCUGUUACCACCACUGUGAGCCCCUCUGUGUCGAAGGCUGUUACCACCACUGUGAGCCCCUCUGUGUCCAAGGCUGUUACCACCACUGUGAGCCCCUCUGUGUCCAAGUCUGUUACCACCACUGUGAGCCCCUCUGUGUCCAAUGCUGUUACCACCACUGUGAGCCCCUCUGUGUCCAAGUCUGUUACCACCACUGUGAGCCCCUCUGUGUCUGAGAUGGAGAUGAUCAAGCCUUGCACCGUCACUCUGAUUGCCUCUACCUCCAGUGAUGUGGAGAUGAAGAUAGAAGAGGUCAAAGGUCAGGAGGACAAGAUGGCCGCUGAGGACAGGAUUACGCGGCGUGGGAGCAAGAGGGUGUACGACCACGACUCGGCCUCAGAGAGCGGAGAGGACUCUGACGCCAGCGAGAGCACCAAGCAGGAGCAGAGGGCGAAGAGGCAGCCCAAACCCACCUACAAGAAGAAACAGAACGACAUGCGCAGGAGGAGAGGAGACGGAGAGAAAGAUGAGGAUGACCUGAAACCCAACGGGAUCUUUAGGAGCGCCAGGGAGAAGACCAAGCUGAAACUGUCCAGCAACAAUGGUAUCCCCCGCUCUGUGCUGAAGGACUGGAGGAAGGUGAAGAAGCUGAAGCAGACGGGGGAGUCGUUCCUGCAGGAUGACUCGUGCUCCGAGAUUGGACCCAACCUGCAGAAGUGUCGGGAGUGUCGUGUUGUUCGCAGCAAGAAGGGGGAGCAGCCAGCUCAUUCCCCUGUCUUCUGCCGCUUCUACUACUUCCGCCGCCUGUCCUACAGUAAGAAUGGAGUGAUUCGUGUGGACGGCUUCUCCACUCCAGAUCAGUUUGAUGAGGAGGCUCUGUCCCUCUGGGCUCCUGAUGUAUACGAGGAGAAUGAGUUGGACCCAGACUCCUCCAAGUACAUCCUCUCAUAUAUAGGAGACCAGUUCUGUCAGAUGGUCACCACUGAGAACACUGCUGCUACAUGGAUCAAAAAAGAUGCCAAGAUGGCCUGGAAGAGGGCUGUGAGAGGGGUCCGGGAGAUGUGUGACGCGUGUGAAGCCACCUUGUUUAAUAUUCACUGGGUCUGCCACAAAUGUGGCUUCGUGGUUUGUCUGGACUGUUACAAGGCAAAGGAGAGGAAGACCUCCAAAGACAAAGAGCUGUACGCCUGGCUGAAGUGUGUCAAGGGACAGCAGCAUGGUCACAAGUACUUGAUGCCAACACAGAUUAUCCCAGGAACUGUUCUGACAGAGGUGGUGAGUGCCAUGCAUCUGUUCAGGGAGAAGUACAGCAUCAGGUCUCCCUGUGUCUGUACUGGGAAACACAACCCUCUACUCAGCAAGCUGCCUGCUACCAACGGAGUCUCUCAGGUUCUCCAGAACGUGUUAAACCACAGCAACAAGAUCUCUCUAUGUAACGUGAAGACAGAGCCUGGGCAGCUGAACCCCAUCCAGGGUAAAGCUGAGACUAACGGAGGCUCCAGCCCUGCCUCGGACCCCUCUUCUGACUCCAAACUGACUCCCCCGGAGUCCCAGAGCCCUCUCCACUUCCUGGCUGACCUGACUGAACAGAAGUCACGGGAAGACAAGAAAGAAAACAAGGAGUCUCCUCUGGGUAAGGUGGCCAAGGAGGAGAAGGUCAGUAGCCUGGAGUCUCUCCACUGUAAAUCGUCUAGCCUGGUGUCUAACAUCACAGAACAGGGCUCUACUCUAAGAGACCUCCUGACGACCACCGCUGGUAAACUACGUCUGGGCUCUACUGAUGCUGGCAUGGCCUUCGCUCCUGUAUACUCCACCGCAGCACAGAUGGGGAAGAGCGGCCGUAGCAUGCCCAACAUCCUGGAUGACAUCAUCGCGUCCGUGGUGGAGAACAAAAUCCCUGCCAGCCGAGGAGCCAAGCUGAGUCUGAAGCUGGAGGCCACCACCACCACCACAGAGGACAGGGAGGUGAAGACAGAGAGGAUCGAGAGGAAGAAGCAGCCUGGGAUGGGGACAGGUCCUAACCCUGGGACUGGGACAGGUCCGAAGCCUGGGACGGGGACAGGUCCUAAGCCUGGGACGGGGACAGGUCCUAAGCCUGGGACGGGGACAGGUCCUAAGCCUGGGACGGGGACAGGUCCUAACCCUGGGACAGGUCCAGGUCCUCACCCUGGGACUGGGACAGGUCCGAAGCCUGGCACGGGGACAGGUCCUCACCCUGGGACAGGUCCAGGUCCUCACCCUGGGACUGGGACAGGUCCGAAGCCUGGGAUGGGGACAGGUCCUAAGCCUGGGACAGGUCCAGGUCCUCACCCUGUGACAGGUCCUAAGCCCGGGACUGGGACAGGUCCUCACCCUGGGACGGGGACAGGUCCUAAGCCUGGGAUGGGGACCGGUCCUAACCCUGGGACUGGGACAGGUCCUAAGCCUGGGACUGGGACAGGUUCUAACCCUGUGACAGGUCCUAAGCCUGGGACGGGGACAGGUUCUAACCCUGGGACGGGGACAGAAGAUCUUCCUGAACCCAAGCCUCAGCUAGAGAAGGCCCUGCAGCUCCAUGCUGACAUCCCCCACUGCUGGUUGUAUGAUCGCAGACUGCUCUGGCUGAAAGACCAUCGACACCCUGGCAACUGGAAGCUGUUCAGAGAGUGUUGGAGACAGGGACAGCCUGUCCUGGUGACUGGGCUCCAUAAGCCUCUGAAUGCAGCUCUGUGGAAGGCGGACAGCUUCAACCUGGAGUUUGCUGACCAUCAGGGAGACCUGCUGAACUGUAAAGAUGGACUUGUCUCGAACUCUGGAAUCAACGAGUUCUGGGACGGCUUCGAGGACCUCACCAAGAGACCCAAGUCUAAAGACGGAGACACCGUGGUGUACAGGCUGAAGGACUGGCCAUCAGGAGAGGAGUUCAUGGCCCUGAUGCCUUCCAGGUAUGAUGACCUGAUGAGGAAUCUGCCCCUGCCUGAGUAUUGUGACCCUGAAGGGAACCUCAACCUGGCCUCUCAUCUACCCAGCUUCUUCGUACGCCCAGACCUCGGACCACGCCUCUGCUGUGCUUAUGGAGUGGCAGCGUCUCAGGAACAGGACUUUGGGACAGCUAACCUUCACAGGGAGGUCUCUGACAUCGUCUCUGUCCUGGUGUACGUAGGAGUGGCCAAGGGGAACGGAGUCCUGUCCAAGACGGGAGUGUUGAAGAGACUGGAGGAGGAAGACUUGGAUGACAGCGUGAAGAAGAGAUUAAAGGAUUCCAGCGAGACUCCUGGAGCCUUGUGGCACAUCUACAUUAGCAAAGAUGUGGAGAAAAUUAAAGACUUUCUGCACAAGGUUGCUAAGGAGCAGGGGGCGGAGAUUUCAGCAGAGCAUGACCCAAUCAGAGAGCCGGGCUGGUACCUGAGCAGGAAGUUGCGUCAGCGUCUGUGGGAGGAGCAUGAUGUGCAGGGCUUGACCGUGGUUCAGUUCCUGGGGGACUCUGUCCUCAUCCCGGCCGGGGCGCUGCACCAGGUGCAGAACCUUCACAGUUGUGUCCAGGUGAUAAAUGACUUUGUGUCUCCAGAGCAUGUAUUCCACUCCUUCCACCUGACACAGGAACUGAGAUCCUCCAGAGAAGAGCCCAACUACGAAGAUAAACUACAGGUAAAGAACAUCUUGUUCCACUCUGUGAAGGAUGCAUUGACGUCGCUGAGGAGGUACUGCCAGGAGGAGGAAGAGAAUUCCUGACCCGCAGUCCCCCUGGCUCCUCCCUCUCUGGCUCCUCCCUCUCUGGCUCCUCCCUCUCUGGCGCCUCCCUCUCUGGCGCCUCCCUCUCUGGCGCCUCCCUC